GUGACUUCAACUGAGUGACUUCAACCCUCAACAUGAGGAGCGCAACCGUCUUCCUGGUGGCACUGACUGUGUCCUUCACCUUAUUCCUGGAAUCUUCCACGGCUGCCGUGGACUCAACAACAAGGGCAGCGGUCCAAGUUAACGAAUCCGUAAAACGAUUCCUUGAUAAAGCUGUGUCAUUGAAUGAAAGGCUUGCAACCGACGCUAUAGAAUAUGUAGACGAAAAUAUCCUUACAGCUAAAGGAAAAGCCAAAAAAAGUUUAAUCCAAGUUAGUGUUUGGUUGAAGUUAGCAUUAGAAGUAGUCCAAGUAUUGCACUUAAAAAUGAAUGUCGCUUUGAACAGUGGUUCUAGUGUGGCUCUCGAAAUAGUCUCAACUCAGCUAUCCGUAUCUUUAGCAGCAAUAAAAGCCCAAUGGCCACCAUUGAGAGAAAGUCUUCCAAAUGGCGAAGUCAAGGAAGAAUUGAACAAGAGAGCGAAUAUCAUCUUUGCUAACUCGGAUGUAAUAGAUGCAACACUUAAAGGUGUAUCGUGCUCUGCGAAGUAAGAAAUGGAGUAAAUAAAUAAUGACUAUGGAAACCAAGCUAACUACCAAGUUUACUAACUUAACCAAGAUUAUAUAUUAUUUUUCAGUAGGUACUUUACGUCUUAUUAAGUACUUACUUUGUUAUAAUUUUGUUUUAACAUUGUUACUGUUAUGAAUUGUUUUACUUUAAUUGUUAUA